GAUCGCCGCCAACCGUCAAGUGCACACAGUGUGUUUACCCUGCCCGAGCUAUAAAGACGUGUCACCCGCUCUCGAGACAUUCUAGUGAAAGGCCUACGAAAAUGCGGGCAAUCUGCAUUUUCGCGAUCUCGUUACUUUCCUUCGCGUUGGCAGAUUCCGAACCUUGGGUAGAGGAAGAAGACGUAGAAGAUUAUAAUGAUUAUCACAUCGACAAGCGUGACGUCGAAGGUCCAUAUGAGGAACAUAUUCGAGUGAAGCGUGGACACGAGAGGUCUAAGCGAGCUCCGGUACCAAUUCAUCAAUAUGAAGUCUAUGAACCGUUUGAAGAAGGAUCCUUCCCAGCUCCAUCUUAUCAGGAAAUGUUAGCGGCUAGUGCUGAACACUACCACAGAUAUUUACCCGCAAAUACCCGGAUCGCUCGUCAUUUAAAUACGCAAAUAAACCCAGGGCCUCUCACGUUUGGAGUAAGUCCUGAACCCAUAGAAGUUGUUUCAGCGCCUGUAAACCUAUCUCCAGUAGCUAACACCAGACCAAUACAGUUCAGCAAUGAACCGCCAGCAGGUGCAGUGUUCUAUGAACAGCAGGAAGACUUGGCACCAGCUGCUGGUCACGUUGUAAUAAAGCACAAUCCCCAUGCCUCGGCCCAUAAACAAGGAUCGGGUCAUGCGCAAGAAGCCAGUCACUUUGACGCACAAGGAGGCAAGGUUGUCAAAGGUUCCAAAACAGACCACUACGUAGACAAAGGUGGCAAAGGUCACAAAACUGACGAGCACCACCGGAAAGAAUAUGAGGAAGCAGCUGGUAAAAAGAAAAAGCACCAUGACCUUGCAGGACAUAAGGGAAGUCAUCAAGAGGAGGCUUUUGGACAGAGAGGGGCACACUUCGACGAGAAAAAGGGACACAAAAAAGGACACAAAACUAAGGGCUUCCAUAACAAGUACCACAAAGACGAAUUCCACAAGGAGCAUAAAUUCUACGACGACUUCCACAAGGGAGGUGAACAUCAUCGCUAUGGCAAAUUCAACGCUCGACACGCUACCAACGAGAGUGGCAAGAAAAAAGCCCACCACGUGAACGCAGGCCACGAUUUUGUCGAGAAAGGCAAGAAUGGAUACAGCAAAAAGGGACAUGUAGACGCUGAUCACCGAGGUCACAAGGGUAAAUCUGGACAUGAAGAACAUCAUGCACAUCACUCGCAGCACGGCAAGAAAGGAGGCAAAGAAGCUGGCUCUCAUUGGGCUUAUGCUAAGAAAGACUAAGUUAAUAUAAAAACUAGUUUUAAGUGAUUUGUACCCUGUACUAAACAUGCGCUUGUUAUUCGUUAAAGUAUUUCAUCAAAUAGUAAUACCAAAUUCAGUUUUUGUGACUGUAAUUGUAAUGUUUUGUCGUGUGAUGACGUUAUUAUACCUAAUUGACGAUAUAGUAAUAUCCAAUGAAAUCAGUAUUGCCUUUACAGAGUAUUCCUUCAGGACCUCGCUUCGUGCUUCGACCUAUUGACAAUAUUAAAUAGAAAUAAUAUGCCAUUGAAUUAUUAGCAAUGUUCUAAUUGGGUUGCAAUGUUUCUAAGGAUGUCAUAAUCGAUAUUAUAUUUCGGAUAUUGAUUUGUUAGUAGGUUACAAGGUCUUAUUUAAACCAAUGAAGCAAAAAUACAGAAUUUGGAAAUCGAUGAUUUCAAUUCUGUAAACAUUACAUUAUAUCAUCUCUCCAUUAUAAUGACAAUUUCGGACCAUAUAAAAAUAAGUUAAAGCCGAAAAACGUGUUUAGUUUUUGAAGUUUAUUUAAAAAGAAUAAUUCGUGAAUACUUGUCUGGAUGAUCAUAAUUGUUGGAAUUAAACUUUAAUUUAAACUUAAAACUGUUGUAAUGUUUCUAUAACUUCAAUUAUAUCCUAUAAAUUUACUGUAGGUAUCUGGUGACUGACGCCAAACGGACAUUGAAUCCCUGUCAUAAGAAUAUACAAGUCUAUAAAACCGAGUCGCGAUUUUAGUACUAAACAGUAAGCGAACUAUAUUUAAAAAAAAUGUUGUUCGGCAAUAUAUACUAUUGUCAAAGUUUUGUCCACUUUCAAGGUCUUGUUUGUAUGGCGUACAACUCACAGGUCCUACAUUCUAUCAAACGAAGUAUAAUUGUUUCGGGUUGAACCGCCUUGUCUAUAAAUUAUCGCAGAAAGUUCGAGAGUGAAUUUUUGUCUACUAUGAUCUUGCUUAAACAAAUGUUACUGUAAUGUGUUAGACGCACGAAGCAAAAUAUUUAUGCUUAAUCUUGAACUGGUUCAACGCAUUGGGGAUAAAAAUAUCUCAACGGAACCUGAUCAAGUGGAGUCUAUAAUAAAUAGCCACACACUGAAUAAUCAGAUGAAUAGCAAAAGAAAUAAGCAGGGAUACCUAGCCUUGAUCGUGGUACCGCGCAUUCCACAAUUUCUGCAAUAAAUUAUUAUUUGAAGCAAAACGUUGCGUCGGUUGAUUACAAUGGUCAGCAGUGUCUCCUUCUCAAUUAAGCGACAAUAUUGGAAAUUUCCUUUCCCUACUGUACUUCUCUUACGU